AUGUCGAAUUAUCAAGGUGGGUAUCCUCCAGAAGGAGGAUAUCCUCCUGAACAACAAUAUAGUGGUUAUCCACCACCAGGUUACCAACCAUAUCAAACUGAAGGAGAUUCUCAACCCUUAAUUACUCCUCAAGGCGUAUCUUUUGCUGAGCCUGAUAGAUCUUCACGUCAUUUUGGUAGAGCUCCAGCGCGUCAACCACGUCGUUACAAAACUACAAAACGUGUAGAAUUAUAUCAAGGGAAUUUAGUAUUGGAUUGUCCUGUACCUACUGAAUUAUUGAGAAAAGUUUCAAAAAGAGAAGAUAGAGAGUUCACACAUAUGAGAUACACUGCUUGCACGUGUAAACCAGAUGACUUUAAGAAAGAAAAAUAUACACUUCGUCAACUACUUUAUGAUCCUCCAAGGCAAACUGAAUUAUUUAUAGUGUUGACUAUGUAUAAUGAAGAUGAGGUUCUUUUUGCCCGUACUUUUCAUAGUGUUGUGAAAAAUAUUACUCAUCUUUGCAGUCGUGAUCGUUCUCGUGUUUGGGGUGAAAAUGGAUGGAAAAAAGUUGUUGUAUGCGUUGUAUCCGAUGGUCGUUCAAAAAUUAAUCAACGCACUUUAGCUUACUUGGCUGCUAUUGGUGUUUAUCAAGAUGGUGUAGCAAAAAAUACUGUUGGAAACAGGGAUGUUACUGCUCAUAUUUAUGAGUAUACUACUCAACUUUCAAUUGAUGCUGAUAUGAAAUUUAAAGGUGAAAAGGGUGAAAUCGUUCCUGUCCAAGUCUUAUUUUGUCUUAAAGAAAAGAAUGCUAAAAAGAUUAAUUCUCAUCGUUGGUUCUUUAAUGCAUUUGGUGCUUUAAUUAAUCCAACUGUAUGUAUUCUUCUUGAUGUUGGUACUAAACCUGGUGGUACUUCUCUAUAUCAUUUAUGGAAAGCUUUUGAUCUCAAUUCUAAUAUUGCUGGCGCAUGUGGAGAAAUCGUUGCUAUGAAAGGAACUGCUGGUGUAAAUCUCUUAAAUCCUAUUGUUGCCGCUCAAAACUUUGAAUAUAAAAUAUCUAAUAUUUUGGAUAAACCUCUUGAAUCCGUAUUUGGUUAUAUUAUUGUAUUACCCGGUGCUUUCUCCGCUUAUCGUUAUAUCGCUCUUCAAAAUGAUCAAAAUGGAAAUGGUCCUUUGGCUUCUUAUUUUUUGGGUGAAGCUGCUCAUGGUUCCGAUGCUGAUAUCUUUACCGCUAAUAUGUAUCUCGCUGAAGAUCGUAUUCUCUGUUUCGAAUUGGUAGCAAAACGUGCUUCAACUUCAACUUCACCACCUUUUCCAGGCGCAGCAACAGCUCCCAAGUCUUUUUUUGUUCCAGUAUCACCUUUU